GGGCAGUGCCAUCUUAUGUGACUUCAGUAUUUUCUCAUAUAAAAGGAGAACUCUGAUUGGUGCCUUUCAUGCCUUGAGCUGAACAAUCUGCACAAUGAAGACUAUUCUACUCUUGGUCCUUGCUGGUCUCAGCGUUUCUUAUGGCUUUAAUUGUAUACAGAGAUAUCAAGCAGCAACUACUCUGCAGUGCUUGACAAAUAUAUUAAAGAUUGCUCCAGAUUUUCUUGAAAAACUGGUAUACUUUCUAUGUAACUAUGAAGAAGGGAUCAUAAACAAUCAAAGAGAAUUUGAAGCCAUGUUCCGUGACUUGAUACAAAUAUUGGAAUGUGGGGGCUGCGCUUUGGAUGAAAUAACUGGCACAAAUAUAUCUAUUGAAGAACUUUUAGGAGAUAUUGGAGGUGCUGGACGACAAGCACUCUUUGGCAUCCUGAAGGCUGCAGAUGGACUACAAUUAACUGGAACUGUGGCACACUUAGGAUGCGGCCUGCUCAAGGGUCUUGGUACUCCUGGUGGUCUGAUUAAUCUUAACGGUGUUCUGGGUGGUCUUACCGGUGGCCUGGGUGGUAUCUUGAGUUUAGUCAAGAACUAAUCCUAGCUGUCAAAGAAACACGCAUUGGAUGCAUGUAGUAAAAUAGAAGAAAGCAUACAAUAAAAAAG